AAGGCCUGGGUGCUAUGGCAACAGUCACAUGACCCCGCAAACAGCUCUGCGGGGGCUGUACUGCUGUGCCUGCUCUUCCCUGAAGGGACCCUGGAGUUUGUGAUCUGAGAUGCAUAGAGUGCCCCAGCUGACCACCCCGUGGGCUAGUAGAGACCUGCAGAGAGCCUGGGAGAAAACCUACCAGAACCACAGGAAAAAGGUCCAGAACGCCCAACCACUCGUGGACACCCGCCCACCACAGACUUACAGCCACCUCCACCUAAAGUUCAAGAAGUUGAAGAGGGUGGCCUCCGCCAUGAAAACCGGGAGACGGAUUGAUGGGCAAAAUAACUUCACAUGGAGAAGGAAAUCGAGAGAACAGGCAUUGAUGAAAGUGCAGAAACAAAAUCAAGCCGUUCCAGAAAGACUCAGAAGCUCAGAGCCCUGGUAUGGAGCACAGAGAUGGCGGGAGGACUGGACUGCCAUGGCCACGCGUCCCUGCACAUGCAGACACACCUGGAGAAAAGGAGCUGAUCGUGAAGCCCAACAAGGCCACAGCCUCAUCUGGAUGCGCAGCCUGAAGCGGAAGGGGUGAGGGUUCACGACCCAACCACCGAAAGAAGACCAGGGCCUGGAAGCUCCGAUGAGGCCUUCCUGUGUCUCCCAGGGGUGGGGGUGGGGAUGUGGGGUGUGCAGGUCUAGCAUCCGAGAUCACGCUGGCUCUGGGGACGGCUGUGGGAGCUGUGACGCGGCACUCUGAAGCUUCACGGUCACGGCCGUCGCCAGAUGACACAGCACGGCUGUUUACUGUGUUUCUUGGACCGAUAACCAAAAACAAAAUAUGCAGAGUGACUCUGCGAGUUACAGGAUUUGAAUUAGACGACUCUCCUUUCUAGCUGUUACUACUUCUCUGAGUUAACAUGAGUUUGGGCGGGUGUAUGUAAUUCUCUUUAAAAACAACAACAGAACAAACAAAAAUACCUCUGUGACUGUCAUUUUACCAAGUAUGUAAAUAAAUCAAACUGAGAGCUUUAA